AUGAUUGAAGACGACCUUCCGAUUGAAGAUGCUUUAAGGGAUGAUGUGCUAUAUGCUCUUGAUGCCAAGGAAACCCCUUGGUGCCAAAGGACAGGAAACAUCUCAAGGUGUGACGAGAUGCCUCAAAAUCCGAUCCUUGAGCUCAAAAUCUUUGAUGUUUGGGCAAUUGACUUCAUGGGCCCUUUCAUCUCAUCUCAAGGGAACCGACACAUUCUUGUUGCCGUUGACUAUGUUUCCAAAUGGGCGGAAGCCGUGGCAUCUCCUACCAAUGACUCAAAGGUGGUUGUUAAUUUGUUCAAGAAAGUCAUCUUUCCAAGAUUCGGUGUUCCUAAGGCAAUGAUAAGUGAUGGAGGUUCACACUUCAAGCACCAUACAUUCAACAAGCUUCUUUCAAAGUAUGGUGUAUCGCGCAAGCGAGGCCUUGCUUACCACCCCCAAACAAGUGGUCAAGUAGAGGUCACAAAUAGGGAGUUGAAAGUCAUCUUGGAGAAGGUCGUUGCUAGAACAAGGAAGGAUUGGUCUAGUAAUCUCAUUGACUCAUUAUGGGCUUAUAGGACCGCCUUUAAGACUCCAAUUGGGACAACUCCCUAUAGGCUUGUGUAUGGGAAGAAUUGUCAUCUCCCGGUUGAAAUGGAGCAUAAGGCAAAUUGGGCCAUUAAGAAAAUCAAUUUUGAUCUCCAUGCCGCGGGUGAACAAAGGUUGCUAGAUCUUCAUGAGCUAGAAGAGCUCCGCAUGAAUUCCUAUGAUAGCGCAAGUUUGUAUAAGACUAGAACCAAAGCAUGGCAUGACGCGCAACUCUCCAAGAAAGAGUUUGUGGAAGGACAAAAGGUCCUACUCUACAAUUCAAGGCUCAAGCUCUUUCCCGGAAAGCUACAAUCUAGAUGGAGCGGCCCAUUCCAAGUGUCCAAGGUCUUCCUGUACGGUGCAAUCGAGAUCUUCAAUGACAAGUACCCUCCAUUCAAAGUGAAUGGACACUGUCUCAAGCCAUAUUUUGAGGGUCAACCAAUCGCAAAACCAGAAAAUUUGUCACUUAUUGAUGUGUUCAAGUCCCCUUGA